AUGGCCCCCUUCUCAGCCCUCGCCUCCAAGCUCAACAUCCCCGGCCGCACCACGCAGGACGCCCCCGCCCACCGUCGCCAGAACUCGGGCUCCCUCCUCGCCUCCCCCUCCUCCGCCUCCCGCGAAAACUACUACCACAACAAUGCCCGCUCAGCCUCUCCCACCUACUCCGACCAGAUGUCAUCCAACAUGGCACACGGACAGCCCCAGGAGGUCGACUACCGAGGAGACGCCGACCUCGUCCCGCCAGUCGCCCCCUUUGUGCCCGGCGACGGCCUCUCUUCGCGCAGAAGCAGCGUCUCCUUCCUCGGCGACAAGGAGUCGUUGAAGAACCGCGCAUCCUCGCUGUCCCUCAACUACGUCCCGGCCAAGUUUUCGCGUCUUCACGUCCAGGGUGACUACUCGCACAGGCAGAAGCUGGGUGGUGGUCGAGACGCGUUCGCCGCCGACGCCUCUCGAAUGGGUCAGAUGGGUACGGUCGAUGAUGACGAGGGUAUCACAUUCCAGUAUGGAGCCCAUGGGUUGAAGCAAAAGAAGCCCAAACUGGUGUGGAACAGGUUCAAAUGGGUGUUGUUCUUCGCGACCAGUGUGCUCUUCUGCUAUGGCAUGGGUACCCUCGUUUCUGCCAUCCUUGUAUGGUUGAACGUGUUCCACCAAUCCGAUGUCAUCCGUGUCGGUAACAGGACGGAACUUAUUCUGUCUACUGUCGCCGCCACCUUGAUCCUUUUCACUUCCCUUCUUGGUUUCGCUGGUAUCUUCCUCAACAACCGAGCUUUCUUGGCCGUUUUCACACUUUUGCUUUGGGUCGACUUGGGUUUCCUUGUCUCCCCUGGGUACCUGACCUAUAAGCAGCGAACCUUCAACCUUGAAGGUAAGAUCAACUCGCAAUGGUCCAGAGAUUUGGGCAACUCGGGUCGAUUGAGGAUUCAAGACGCGCUCAAAUGCUGCGGUUACUUCUCUCCUUUCGUGGAGGCUACCGUUUCGCCUCUCUGUUACUCUCGAUCCAACUUCCCAGGUUGCAAGUCACGAUAUCUCCAUCUCGAACGUCACGUGCUAGGCAUCUGGUACACCGUGUCAUUCGCCCUCGUUCCCGCCCACAUCCUCAUCAUCCUCGCGGGUCUGCUCUGUUCCAACCACGUCACUUACCGAUUCGGUAAGGGUCUGACGCCCGAGACCUAUCGACUGGAUCUCAACAGUAUGGCGGUCAUCAUGGACGAGUAUGCUGGUCAAAUUGCUGCCCAAUACGGCCCCGAGAUUGCUCAGGAAGCCAUGAACCAAUCAUCCGUCAACCUCGCCAACCCCCGCUCCGAGUACGACUCAUCCCUCCUGUCCGUCCCCAACUCUCGCCGCGGGUCUUCCUCCAACCUCGAGGCCCUCCGCCGGGGUGGCAACCUCCCGGGCUCGACGCGUGGUACGUCAUUAUACGACCCCACGAACCCUCGGGCCAGUGUGGACUACAGCAGGGGCAGUCAAUUUGGCUUGAGUGGUCUCGCGUCGGAAGGGGCUACGAGAGACUCUUUCAGUGCUGCUGGAAGCGGUCAGCAUCACGGGAACAACUCUGUGGCCUCUCUCUCGUCUAGCGACGAGCAACGUCGCCGCAUCUAA